UGAGCCCGGAGCCACGCCGAUAGCACUCUUAUUUUGGUGUUUUUUCUCCGCUGUGCAAACAGAGGAGCUGCUGGGCCAGCGGUGGGCACAGCCCACACGGCAAACAGCGGGGCUGCCGGGAGGCUGCGGCACAGCCCUGGCGCAGCCAUGGGGCAGAAGUGCAUGGACAAGGUGUCCUCCUUCCUCUUCGAGUAUGACACCCCUCGGAUGGUGCUGGUGAGGAACAAGAAGGUGGGACUGACCUUCCGGCUGAUCCAGCUCAUCGUCCUGGCGUACAUCAUCGGGUGGGUGUUCCUCUACGAGAAGGGUUACCAGUCUCAGGACAGCAUUGUCAGCUCGGUCUCGGUGAAGCUGAAAGGGCUGACGCUGACCAAUGAGAGUGUCAUGGGCCCUCACAUCUGGGAUGUGGUGGACUAUGUUUUCCCACCCCAGGGGGACAACUCAUUUGUGGUGAUGACCAACUUCAUUGUCACCCCUGGACAGAAACAAGGAACCUGCCCAGAGCUGCCAGACGCCGGGCUCUGCACGCGGGACAGCGACUGCUUCAAAGGGAGAUACAGCCGGCAGGGACAAGGGCUCAUGACAGGCAAGUGUGUGCCCUUCAACAGCUCAGUGAAGACCUGUGAGAUCUUUGGCUGGUGCCCUGUUGAAGUUGAUGAGCAUGUUCCCAGCCCUGCCCUGUUGUCAGAAGCAGAGAAGUUCACCUUGUUCAUCAAGAACAGCAUCACCUUCCCCAGGUUCAAGGUGUCCAGGCGCAACUUGGUUGAGAGUGUUACCAAACAGUACCUGAAGAAAUGCACCUAUAACAAAGCCACCGAUUCCUUGUGCCCUGUGUUUGAACUGGGAUAUAUAGUGAAGGAAUCGGGUCAGAAUUUUACCUUCCUGGCUAUUAAGGGUGGAGUGGUGGGCAUCACCAUAGACUGGAACUGCGACCUCGACUGGCCUGUCCGGUACUGCAAACCCAUUUACCAGUUCCACGGCCUUUACAAUGAUGACAGUAACGUUUCACCAGGCUUCAACUUCAGAUAUGCCAAGUACUACAAAGAAGAUGGGAUGGAAAAAAGGACCCUCUACAAGGUGUUUGGGAUCCGGUUCGACAUUUUGGUGAAUGGCAAGGCAGGCAAAUUUGACAUCAUCCCAACCAUGACCACAAUUGGCUCUGGAAUUGGUAUUUUUGGAGUGGCCUCUGUCCUCUGUGACCUGCUCCUGCUGCAUUUCCUCCAAGGACGGGACUAUUACAAGCAGAAGAAAUUCAAAUACGCAGAACAGGAGCCUUCAAAGUCACAUAAGAAGGAAAAGGAGCUGGACAACACGCAGUGAGAGAAUCCACACUGACCAACAAACCUGCACCCUCUUCCUCCUCCUCCUCUCCUAAAACACGGUCGCCAUCCCCUGUCACCAGCCUGUGCCAGCCCCAAGGCCAGCAGGAGCAGCGUCCAACACCAGCUCAUGGGAAGGUGGUGCCCUGCAGCCCGGGCAGGGGCCGGUCGGCCCGGUACCCGGCCU